AUGUUGGCCACAGUAUUCUUAAUAGUCGCAAGUGCUCUCACUGCCAACGCCAAACUCGGAAUCAACUGUCGCGGUUCCGCAAAGUGCAGCGUAUUAUGGGGACCUUCUGAUGCUGCUCAGCAACUCACCAACGUGAUUCAACAUAUCGAUACCAACAGAUGGUACAUGAACGGAGAGCACAUCGCCUGUGUUGGCAACCAGGCUGGUAAUGGCGGUGGUUAUUGUGCUUUCCUGCAGAAGACCGGGGGAACCAACGGCGGUGUGAUUAAGAACUUGGCUCAUUAUAUUACCGAUCAUGGGUGA